AUGGAUGGAUGGAUGGAUGGAUGGAUGGGGGCACCGCGAGCGGAACGGCGGCCCCGUGCGUGCGGUGCCGCCUGCGGGCGCUGUUCCGGGCCUCCGCCAGCCCUCCUCGCUCACGUGCCCGCCGCACCUUCCCGCAGCUCCAUGUAUUACGACGAGGACGGGGAUCUUGCCCACGAGUUCUACGAGGAGACGAUCGUCACCAAGAAUGGGAGGAAGCGUGCCAAGCUGAAGAGGAUCCACAAGAACCUGAUACCUCAGGGCAUAGUUAAGCUGGAACACCCUCGCAUUCACGUGGAUUUCCCUGUGAUCAUCUGUGAGGUGUGACUGCUGGGUGCUGCUGCCCGUGGGCGAGACGGACCCGAGUGUCCCCGCGCGAGGCUGCCCUGUGUUCCCAGCGAAGGAGGACGCUGAGACAUGGACUGUGGCUCUCCCUCGCCCAAAGGCCAGGCAGGACGGAGCAGGCUUGGCUGGGCUGUACUUGGCUGCUGCUCCUCGGAGGAGAUGGGUGCCCUCGUGCAACUACAUAAAAACAUCCUCGCUUGAGUCAAAAGACUUAAAAUACCUUUUGUAGCCUCUAGCCGACGUUUGGAUGGGUAACUGGAACUGCACACGUGCUGCUGUGUGAGCUGUUAAAGGGAGAGCAAGCCUACACUUCUCGCCAAAAUCCCUUGCUUCUCAGGUAUGCAGCCCAGGGAGAGCCAGGGCAAGGUGACUCUGCCCAGAAGUUAAAUGGCUGGUGUUGCAGCUGCGCUCAGUCUGGCCUGGUCACUACACAGUGCUCCCCAGCAGGUCUGUCCACAGAAGAUAAUCGGAAGCUGGUGUAGAAAUGCAUCCAGCUGAGUGCUGCGCUCCUCUUGGGAUGGGGCAGAGGUAGGAUGCGGUUAUCCUGGCCACCUGUCUCUUCCUUGUGUGUGUUCCCUGCUUAACACUGGUUCUGGGGACUGCUGCUUGCACCACUGGCCCUGAGAUCUCUGCGGUGCGGAGCCAUCUGGGUUCCCCAGCAGCAUCUGCCUGCCCUGUCUGCCCGCUUGUGCUGUGGGAGCGAUUUGCUCCUGUCGAGCACAGUACUUCCCAAUGGGAACAGUCUCAGCAGGGCCAGGUGGGAAGGAAAUCAUCACUUCCCUCCCCAUUCCUCUCAAACAAUCAGUCAGUAGGCCUGCCCUGGCUUGGAAAUCUCCCUGGCGAUGUGAACUAUGGUUCCUCCCUCGCCCCGUGCCCCAGCUGGCGGCGGGAGGAGAAAUGUGAUGCACUUUAAAGGGAGGCUUUCUGCCCUGUCUGGGAAAGCCCUGCUCUCUUCUCUUCUCCCCCACUUGAGCAGAUUGGUGCAGAUUGGCCUCGGCUGUGCUGCAAAAUUCUUCACCUCUGCACACAGGUCCUGGGCUCCGAGCUGGCUGCUGCUGGGCUGGGGAGCAGCCUCACUGCUCAGCCUCACUGCGCGUGAGGAAGGGGCUCGAGGACAACCUGUGUGUCCACCCCGGGGCAUUGAGUGCAGAUUUUGCCCAGCUUGCAGCCUGCUCCCACAGUAGCCAGCUUGCAUCCCCUCCUUUUUUUGUCCCAGAACUUAUUUGCUUUCUGAGCACUUCAGACGUUCGCUACCUCGAUUUUUGAUUUAAGCUGCCAGCUCUUGGCUGCCGGCCCUAUCGGCGUCCGCAUUGGAUGUAUCCAUCUC